AUGCAGUCGUGGAAGUCGUUCGCGUCCGCCCUCCCCACCGUCGACGUCUCGGCCGUCAACAAGAGCCUCAGGAACUCGGUCCAGGCUACCCGCGAGCGCCUCGGCAACGUCGCCCCCGAUGCCAUCACUGAGCUCCCCGCCGAGUACAAGCAGCUCGAGGCGCGCGUCGACGCCCUCCGUGACGUCCACGUCAAGCUCCUCAAGAUCACCAAGGUCUACGAGACCGAGUCGUACGACUACCCCUCGGACGUGACGGAGAACCUGUCCGAGUACGGCCAGCAGGCGCAGGCCGCGUGGUCGAGCUUUGCCAACAAGAACCUCAAGAACACUGCGCUCGCCGGCGCCGUGCCCGCCGAGAAGCCCAAGUCGCCCCACCCGCCCAAGACGCUCCCCCACGCCAUCUCGCGCGCGGCCAAGACUGGCGCUGACGAGCUCGGCGCCGACGACCGUCUCGGAAACGCCCUCAACACGUACGGCGUCGCCCUCGAGAAGGUCGGAGACGCCCGCAUCGCCCAGGACCAGCUCAUCGCCGAGCGCUUUGUCACCCCCUGGCAGGCGACCCUCUCUACCUCGAUUGGUCUCGCCAUGAAGGCCCGCGCUGCGGUCAAGACUGCCCGUCUCGAGCUCGACUCUGCCCGCUCGGCCCUCAAGACUGCCGGCGCGCCCAAGCAGGAGCAGGCUAGGCUCCACGUUGAGGAGGCCGAGGACAAGCUCGUCCAGGCCACCGAGACCGCCAUUGGCCUCAUGAAGGCUGUCCUCGAGAACCCUGAGCCCCUCCAAAACCUCUCGUCGCUCGUCAAGGCCCAGCUCAUCUUCUUCUCCACCGCCGCCGAGGCUCUGAGUGGUGUCGAGGGCGAGAUCGAGGCCGCCGCCACCGCCGCCGAGGGCGAGUACCGCACGUCGCGCGGUGCCUAA